AUGGGGUCCAUCAUUACUACAACUAGAAGUCAGGCGACGAACAUCACUCUCACUUCUUCCGGGGACCGUAACCAUUACUACAUCUGCACCGUCGGCCGCUACUGCCAGCCUGGUCAGAAGCUGUCCAUCAAUGUCUCCGAUGCAGCCCCCACGCCUUCCUCCAACACUCCUACUACGCCUUCUCCAACCUCGACCACCCCUGAAUCUUGCGCUCCAACUCCGACACCAUCGUCCAUCCCGAUGCCAGAAGUGUCACCUUCUUCCUCGUCUGAUGAGUGCAUUUGCUAG